AAUUGAAGGAUGUGAGAAAAACAAAGUGGGGAAACAUAUGAAUGUGUAAUGUUAUUAUAGGAGUUUUGGGAGAGGACUUUUUUGUACUAUAAUGACACAAAAUGGUAGUAAAUUGAAGUGACCCACAGGGGUUAAAAAUAGAUCUCACUGCUGGGUGCAUACUUAAAACAUCACAUGCUGUUCAGAGGUUAAACUACUUAAAAUUGUUUUGCAAACAUAAUGAUUUCAGAUAUCUGCAUUAAAUCAGCUUCCCACUACGGUGUUUGCCAGCCAGCUGUAACCUUUUGUCUUACACAAUGUAAUUUGUCAGCGAUUAUAAGUUUUUGCGUAAGUUGCAUAAUUUGUGUAAUUUAAUCAGAAUUGCCACGUACGUUUUGGGCAGAAGUCCAGACCAGCUCUGACACAGUGUGUCGCAACAGCUGAUAAUGCUACAGCACAGAACAAGAAUAAAUGAAAGCUCAUUAGGAGAAUGCGCCUUUUGGAUUCGGUGUUUUCUUGGGAGCUGUGUGACCUCUGUUUGCUUUUUAAUUUGGGGUUUCAGGUGAGUGAUGGAGACGAGAGAGUUGACGGUGGUGGCUGGCAGCUUCGCGGGUUUCCAGAUUCUCUUCUCAGUGGCCAGCCCGCGGCUCUCCGCCGCCAUCACACCAAGUUAUAGUCGGCUACCUCCCACCAAGCUCACUGAGUGGAACUCCAGGUUGGUUUCCACUGUGCACGCCUUGAUUGUGGGUUUAUUCUGUUUAUACAUCCUGUGGUUCGAUGAUGCAGUCAACGCCAACCCGGUCUGGGGUGACCCCAGUCUGGUCAAACUAAAUGUAGCCAUAACCUGUGGUUACCUCCUUUAUGACCUGGUGCUGCUGGCCUGUAACUGGAGCACCAUGGGGGACAGUUUCUUUGUCUGCCACCACUUGGCGGCGCUCUAUGCUUAUGGAUACGUGUUGACACGCGGCGUGCUUCCCUAUUUUGCCAAUUUCCGUCUAAUUUCAGAGUUAUCCACACCAUUCGUGAACCAAAGGUGGUUCUUUGAGGCACUGAAGUACCCCCGCUCGCAUCGGCUGGUUGUGGUAAACGGCGUUGCCAUGGCAGUGGUUUUCUUCCUGGUCCGCAUCGCCGUCAUGCCGUCCUACUGGGUCAGUGUGUUCGCCACCUUCGGCACUCCAGAAUUUGAGCGGUUGGGCCUGGGAGCCCAGGUGGCAUGGAUCACCUCCUGCAUCGCCCUGGACAUCCUGAACACUAUCUGGAUGCAUAAGAUCGCUCGCGGCUGCUACAAAGUCAUGACCGGGAGAGGAGGACGAAAGGUUAAGGACGGGGCGGAGACGUCGCCGUCUUCAGACAAGAAGCACGCAAACAACCACACGGACUGAUGCCGUAUUCAGACCCGGACGUGAGCAGGAAGGGAAGCGGGACACCCAGGAGCCUCACCGCCUCCUCCUUCCAGCCUCAGCACCCCUCCCACCCUCAGUCCCAGAGUCCUCAGGUUCUGACCCCAGUGGGGGGAUGAGGAGCGUGCUCGUUGACUCAUUCAAGCACCAGCGUUCACAAACCUCACGGUUAUCAGAGACCGAUUUACAUCAAGAAGGAGAGGUUAGCAUUUUGGUUGCAGACAACAAGGUAGAGCUCAGAAGCACACUUUUUCUCACCAUCUGUCACUCAGCUCCUCUACUCCCACCAUCCCUCCUUCAUCUCCUCUUACACGCGACUCCAGCCAAAGCCCAAUCCUCUGAAGUGCCUGUGGGAAAACAGGAAAGCAAUAACAGUGGAGGAGGAAGAUCACAAACCCCUAACAAAGUUGAAGAAGCACACCCACGGCUACCGGACGCUUCACCCGUCAUUCAUUCUCAGUCCAUGCUUGAUGUAGCGUGGCUUACGGAGCGAAGAACUGUCAGACCCACACGGUGUUUGUCAACCUACAGGGCUCUUGUCUUAAAUUCAUCAAACCUCAGAAGAAGAAGAGACAGAAAAAACACCACAAUGCCUCUCCUACAGAAUUACCUGCUGUGGCCUCCUUGAAACAAGUAGCGCCUAUUUACAUCACCAGCUCCCUAAAACAAGUUGGUCUAAUUAGGAUUAGAGAUGUAAAACACUUACUAUACGCAUGCAGGAGGACAUGCCCCAACAUCAGGUUGUUUUUUUUUAUUGCAGCAGUCAUUAGCAGUCAUCCACUACAAGCCUCUGCUUCAGCUGGAAUGUUUUUGUUCUACCUCUCCCCCUGCCUUACAAAGACUCUAUAACCCAUUCGCUAAUUAGCUCUUUAUUUUAUACACACUUAAACUUGUCUGAGACUCCUUCAUCAGAACUUAUUCCCUCACAGAUCCGCUUGUUCUUCCCAUGUGUGCAGCACGCCGCCAUCUUUUUCCCUUGCCAGACACCAAAACGGUGCUGUACUUCUCUGUUUUUUUAAUUGCCAGCAACAGGAAUGCUAGCAGUAUUUCACUUCUCUAAAUUCUCUGAUUAAAUUUGGACCUUUCCAUGUGGGAUAACCACGUGUUAAUUUUGCAUGUUUCAUUUUUCUGUAACCAGUGUAGGUCAUCAUGUAGAGCAUGGUCAGAUCGACAUAUUUCUGAUUCCUUAGUGAUCUGUUGCGAUAGAUGAACAUCAUCUAAUUAAUAAUUGCAUUAAUCUAAUGCAAUAAAAGGGAGGGAUUUGUCUUCCAAAAUGCCCCAUCCCCCUUCCCUCCACAGAGCAUAAUCAAAAGCAUGAACUUAAUGUAUUUUAGGGUAUUUUUCCUCUCUGCAUGGCUAUACAGUAUUUACACAGACAGUGUCAUACAGGUGCCCUUUGCAUAGUGUUAUUAACACGUCUAUAUACCAAAUGGCACCAAUUUUAUUUUACAAAUAUAUAAAUUGUUUGUGUUGAACCGUCUAAUAUUGACAGCUGAUAACAGACAGAAACACAAGAUUUGAUAGAUUUAGUAUUUGUCUCACAAGUAGAUGAUUGAGAUUAGGAUCUUUGGAAGAGGUUUGUACUCUGCUCACAUUUACUAAUGUUACCUCCACGAUUGCACACCUCCAAGUUACAUUGAAGAGUUUUUAAAUACAGACCUAGAUGUAUUCAGGCUCCAUUCAUGAUCAUAAAAAAGGGCGUUUUACACAUAAUUUAUGUACAAAAUAUGCCGAUUCCUGAGCACUUCAUUCCUGAAAGGAGUGUUGUAUGAAUAAAGUUUAGAUUUGUGGAAAUCAUCGAUCAAAUUUAAGUGGAUUUAACUUUAAUCUCUAAUAUAUUGAGUAAUUUUUCGAUCUGUUAUAAAUCCAGUAUCUGUGGUAUAGAGCAACUUUCCAGUAAAUGAAGACAAAUUAUUAAAGCCAUUCUGGAUCACCAAAUGAAUGCAUGGUUCCCAUGGCAACACAAUGAACAACCUACAGUUUGUUUUACUGUAACUGUUUUCUGCUGUACUCAGUAAAUUGGAAUAUAAAGUGUCUCAGCAUAAGCGUUACCAUGGUGAUUUUAUCAGACUAAUAGAGAGCCACCAAAAACUUUGUAGUUUACCCUUCAGAUGAGCAGAAGAAUCAACCAAACCCCUCCCCCCAAAAAAAUCAGCGCUAAAUGUAAAAGAAUCCCCAUUUCCACUUGUAUGCCUGAAAUGGAAAAGUUGUCAUUACACCAACUGACCACAAGAGGGCACAAGACGCUCUGCAGUCAAGCCUCGGAAAGGUGAAGCUGCAGAUUCCUGCUCAGCUCCGCUUGCUUCUAACUAAAUUUACCUUUUUCAGACUCCUUGUUUGUCAUGACUUGAGUUACAUCACCUGAGGCUGUUUCUUAGCUCUUUAUGAGCCAUUAAGUCUUGAUCCAAGUUUUUGUUUUUUAAGCCUAACAUUCAACUACCUACAGAAAUGGACUUUAAUGUGUAGAAUUAGCUGGUUUAUCUGAUUUUGGAUGGAUAGUUUUAACAGUCUGAGAAUGUCUGGUGGUAUUUUCACUGUGAAAAUAUUUAAAGCACACUCCCUGCGGAGCGGUAACUCUGGGAUCUCCUGUAUUUCUGUCUGUCACCACAGAGGAGGGGCUACAGUUUCUUGUGCCUUUACACAAAUAGUGGAGGUGAUGCAGUCAGAUUUAUUUUUUUUUUCUUUUUUGAGAUUAGCAUGAAUUUUCUCAUGUAAUAUCAAGCAACUGUCUCUUCUGUAUUCCUUGUGUUUACUGUGUGGGCAUAUUUUUAUCAAACCUGCCUGCACGAUGAUUAUCCGGCCAAGUAUUAUAACCCAAAGCUGAUCCCUCCUGGGAGCCCAUGUCUCUGAAUGUUGUGAUGGGUUAUUUAGUGGCAUUAAGAUGUUUUUUUUUUUUUUUUUUUUUUUGUAUGAAAAGGCAAUCAGUAUGUUUUGAAUUAGAAGUAGUAGUCAACGGUGAAUAGCCGAUGUGCUGCAUGGUGUGGGAGACUUUUGGAUGUUUUUACAUGUUAAGUGAGGCUGCUUUUUGAUGCAGGUCUCGUGCACAAAGUAAGAAGUACACAUAAGGAGUUAACAGUGUGGACAAGCCCAGCUUUUGUGCUCGUGAGGGUUAUCUACAGCAUGUAUUUCCUCCUUAAUCUCUAAACCCUGCAGCUGUUUAGAAACGAAUGUGACUCUGAAUUUGGACAGUGAGUUUGAUUUAUUCUUUGUAUUUUGUAAUAAACGUUGUAUCAGGUCAGAACAACCAGGAUUGCCUCCGAUUACUUGAGGAGACCAUAGUUCAUGAAAUAUUGAACAUACAGUAUUUAACAAAGAUAUCAAUAAAUCUCCUUAAUAUCAUGUCCUGUUUUCAAACCAUUUGAUCUCUUUGGCACAACGUGGUUCGAAGAGGCAACUGAUGUUUUUGCCCUGGUUUUUUUUUUCUUGACUAUCUGAUUCAACUUUGAUUGUGUACAAAGAAAUAUAACCGAUUGACUCUCGAGCAUGACAGAGUUUGUUUCAUGGUGAAGAUUGACUGUAAAAGUGAUGAACAAAUUACUUUAUAUUUGUUUGUUUUUCCCAAUGAGUGACUUGCCAGUGUGGCUUCCCUUCAUCUCAUUCUCUUUAUGUCUUUUAAUGCAAUGCAAUAUCUUGUUAUCCUUUUUUUUGUUUUGUUUUUCCUGAGAUUUUAAUGUGAACCGGCCUACACUACACGAAGCCCUCGGGGUCCCUGUCUGAGCUUCACCUCAUGACUCGGACUGUUGUCUACAAUGACCACUACUAAUGAUCACGUAACUGUAGUGCUGAAAGCUGAGACUUACUUGAAAGUAUUGUUCUUCAAUAAAGUUGAAGACAAUUUAAAAA